AUGAGCAACAAGAGCGGCGGCGUGCUGUUGCAAUGCGCGGAGGCGACGGCAGCGGAUUGGGGCUGCUGCUUCCUCUCCCUCUCCGUGCCACCACCUCCACCUGCUGCGCCCUGUGAUGCAGAUAGCAAUGGUGGAUUCAACCUGGCAUGGACCCUCCACCAGUCCUUCCACCCACCCGCUGGUCUCUUUGCCAGCGUCGGCCACAAGGUGGGGGUGGGCCUCUCGGCCUCCUCCUCCGGCGCCACAUCGUCGGGAAAACCCCCAGACCCGUACAGAAAAUACGUUUCACCGCAGGCCGUCGAAACAUCCCUGCCGGUGCCGGGUGACGGAGUGGGGUUCUGGGGGAAGGGGAAGAAGAAAGCGGUGAAGAUCAAGAUAAAGGUUGGGAAUUCCCACCUCAAGAGGCUCAUCAGCGGGGGGAUUGCAGGUGCAGUGUCAAGGACAGUUGUCGCGCCUUUGGAGACGAUUAGGACACAUCUGAUGGUCGGCAGUAAUGGGAAUUCAUCCACGGAGGUGUUUGAGUCCAUCAUGAAGAAUGAAGGAUGGACUGGAUUGUUCCGCGGCAACUUUGUUAAUGUCAUUCGAGUCGCCCCGAGCAAAGCAAUCGAGCUUUUGCCUUUGAUACAGCUAAGAAGUUCCUAA